AAAUUAAUCUGUGAAUAUGAAAUGUUUUAUGCCAGGCAUUUUCACGAUGUGGCUGUUUUUAACAACAACUUGUUUGAUUUGUGGAACUUUAAAUGCUGAUGGAUUUUUUGAUUUGGAAAAUGAAGUAAAUCCUGAAGUGUGGAUGAAUACUAGUGAGAUCAUCACCUACAAUGGCUACCCCAGCGAGGAGUAUGAUGUCACCACCAAGGACGGAUACAUACUCUGCAUCAAUAGAAUUCCCCACGGGAGAAGUCAGCAUGGGAGCACAGAUCCCCGGCCAGUUGUGUACCUGCAGCAUGCCCUGUUUGCAGAUAACACCUAUUGGCUGGAGAAUUUUGCCAAUGGCAGCCUUGGAUUCCUUCUAGCAGAUGCAGGCUAUGAUGUAUGGAUGGGAAACAGUCGGGGGAACACUUGGUCAAGAAAACACAAGACACUCUCAGCCAAUGAAGAGGCAUUUUGGGCCUUUAGUUUUGAUGAAAUGGCCAAAUAUGAUCUCCCAAGUACAAUAGACUUCAUUGUAAAUAAAACUGGUCAACAGAAGCUGCAUUUCAUUGGACAUUCACUUGGCACUACAAUAGGAUUUGUAGCCUUUUCCACCAUGCCUGAACUGGCACAAAGAAUCAAAAUGAAUUUUGCCUUGGGACCAGUGGUUUCAUUCAAAUAUCCCACAAGCAUUUUCACCAGUUUUUUUCGGCUUCCAAAUUCCAUAAUCAAGGCUCUUUUUGGUACCAAAGGUUUCUUUUUAGAAUUUAAGAAUGGGAAAAUUCCUUCUACUAAAAUCUGCAAUAAUAAAAUGCUAUGGAUGAUAUGUAGUACAUUUGUAUCCUUAUGGGCUGGAGCUAAUACAAAAAAUAUGAAUAUGAGUCGAAUGGAUGUAUAUAUGGCACAUGCUCCCACUGGAUCUUCAGUUCAGAACAUUCUGCAUAUAAAACAGCUUUACAGAUCUGAUGAAUUCAGAGCUUAUGACUGGGGAAGUGAAGCUGAGAAUAUGCACCACUACAAUCAGAGCCAUCCCCCACUAUAUGACUUGACAACCAUGAAUGUGCCUACUGCUAUUUGGGCUGGUGGUCAUGAUAUCCUUAUCACACCCAGGGAUGUGACCAGGAUACUUCCCCAAAUCAGGAAUCUUCGUUACUUCAAAUUAAUUCCAGAUUGGAACCACUUUGAUUUUGUCUGGGGUCUUGAUGCUGCACAACGGAUGUAUAGUAAAAUCAUAGCUUUAAUGAAGGAAUAUCACUAAAUGUAAUGCAUCUACUUUUCAGUUAAAAAUUUCUUGCAAGUCCAUUUGUUUCUUUCUGAAAAGAAGUAGCAAUGAAUAGCGAGGAUGCCCCCAGCACUCUUGAUACCGUUUAAGAUCAUAUGAAUACUUCACUGCUUGUCAUGACAUAAUGCUGACUUAACAAUCUUUUACUUCUUUGAAACAUUAGAAAAUUUCAUGAAAAACUGACAAAUGAAAACAGUGUAAAGUUAAGCUAAGAUGGAAGCAGAAGUCAGAUUUGGCAUAUAAAUGUUAUCAAUGUUAUUCCUUCAUCCUAAAAGUAAUAGGAAACCAUCCAAGAUUUUACCUAAAAAAGGAAAUUUAGUACUGUCCUAUUUGGAAAAUAUCACCCAGACUGAUAGAAAAUGGUGGGGAAAGGAUUCUGGGGGAAGACUGAAUCUGGCCAAGUUUCCUGAGGCAGAGUAAUCCCUUCCUGCUAUAUUCUACAAGCAAGUGGAUCCGCAAUAAUCCAGAACUCACAGACCUGACACUACCCUGCCCAGCCCUGCUGGCAGAUGCACAGGCUGCUGGCUGCCCUCAACACCAGUAUGCAUCAAUUUAAUAGACACACAUUGAUACGGAGCAAUGAUCACAAUGAAAAUCAUGAAGCAAUAUGGGAAACUACUCAUAAUACUAUGUAAAAACAUGAAGAAGAAUGUAGAAUUAUUUUACUCAUACACAAAUAUGAACUAACUGUAUAACUUUAGAAAACACUUCAGCACAAUGAGGACCGAAGCAUAUAAAAAUAAAAUUAGCUGCAUCAGGGUAUUAAAUGAUGGAUGAUUUCUUAAAUAUUUCAAAAAAAUUGUUUACAUGGUAGUGAUUAUUUUGUUUCAUUAAAGACUAAUUUCGACAUUAAUUUUAAUUACACAUUAAAUAAAUGUAUUCCAUGCUUUUUCUGAACUGA